CUUUCAGCUCUGGAGAGGCAGAUCUUCGACUUCCUCGGCUUCCAGUGGGCACCCAUUCUUGGAAAUUUCCUGCAUAUAAUAGUUGUCAUAUUGGGUUUAUUUGGAACCAUUCAGUAUAGACCACGUUACAUAAUGGUGUAUACAGUGUGGAGUGCCCUCUGGGUCACCUGGAAUGUGUUCAUCAUCUGCUUUUAUUUGGAAGUAGGUGGCCUCUCAAAGGACACUGAUCUGAUGACAUUCAACAUCUCCGUACAUCGGUCAUGGUGGAGGGAACAUGGACCUGGCUGUGUCCGGAGAGUGCUGCCCCCAUCAGCCCAUGGCAUGAUGGAUGACUACACAUAUGUCUCAGUCACAGGCUGUGUCGUCGAUUUCCAGUACCUAGAGGUCAUCCACAGUGCUGUACAAAUACUGCUAUCUCUGGUUGGCUUUGUGUAUGCCUGUUAUGUGAUCAACAUAUCCAUGGAAGAAGAAGACACCUUUGAUUUCAUAGGUGGACUAGACGUGCACUCCCACUGCCAGGAUCAUGUUGAGUUAAAGCCUGUUAAACCUGUCGAAAUAAGUAAUGACAUUGACUCUGAAACGCGGCUCCUGGACUUGAGUUAGGGAACAAAGAAGCUCUGGCCUCUGGCACUGGGGAUCCUACAGCGUCACCUUCCUCCCAGACAGCAGGACUGCAACCCCUGCGGGCCAGUGAACACGGAGCUGCGCGGUCUUUGGUCUCAGCCUGUGUAACAUUAGCGUUGUUUGCUAGAUGCGUUCUGGGUGCUUGGGUGGGUAUUUUUUAGUCAUCUUCUUCUUAUAUGAGCACUUGUAAAUUUUAAAAAAGGAAAAAAAAGUUUUUUAAAUUUUUUUACAGUAUUUAACUUGAGGCAUGCAAAUGAAAAAAAAAAAAAAUCUGUGAAAAUCAUCUCCAAGUCUAAGGGGACUGUCUGUGUUGCUGAGGAAGUGCAGGCUACUGAACCCUGCUAGGCUACUGGGUUUGUGUAAACACACAGUGCCUAUGGGCAUCAGACAAGGUUAGACCUGUGGCAGCUUGCACAAAAACUGGAUCCAACUUUCAAACUAAGCGUGGGUCACUGUUUAAACAGCACAGGACAAAGACAACUCAACUUCUGACUACCCCACAACAAUAUCACGGCAAUCUAAAUUUCCAGAUUCAUGCAUAUCUUGUUCUUGCAAUAUUCUGAGAUGCAUAUAUAUAUGUGUGUUCAUAUGUAUUGUGAGUACAAUAGGAAACAAAUUAUUAGUGAAGGCCCUUCCCCUGUGGAGGAGGCUUGGCUGACUCUGAGGUUUAUAUUUUCUGCUCUUUGUUUCUCUCCCAACACUGAUGUCAGACCCAAACACACAGCUGUAGAAAUCACAACCAUAAAUCUGCAGCCAGGAACUUUUAGGAUAUCCAAAGGGAACAUUCAAAUCCUAUGGAACUCUAAAGAAACCUGUAAAGAAAAUAUUUAUGGUUGACUUACAUCAAUUUUUCAUUCUCCCAUCCAUCCAAUAACCAAGAAAAUUAUGUGGGAAACCUAAUUUUCUAAGGGAAAAAAGGUCCACCUUGGGGAAAAAAUAAAAUAAUUUAGGGGCUUUUUAAAUUUAAACAAAAUGUACACGUAGUGAAAUGCUGAGAUUUUAAGGGUACAAUGUAACUAAUUUUGAGAAGUGCACCAACUGGGUAACCAAUGAUUCAACCAAAAUACAGACCAUGUCUGACACUUAAGAAGCCUCCCUUGGGACCCCCUUCCCAUCAGUCACCAUGAUGCCAUAGACUCCCAACACAUACCACAUUAUAAACUGCACUGUGCCUGAGUUAGUCUGCUGAUUCAAAUGGUAAUCCCAUCUGGUUUUGACCAAACAUUGUGACAUGGUCAAAUGGAUACAGAAAACCUGAGUUGGUUCUCACUGCUAAGGUUUUAACAAAUAGCUGGUUAACUGUCCAUUCACAAUGUAAGGCAGGCGCAAGUCUCACAUUCAUGUUUUUCUGUCUCUCCAUUACUUCCCAUGUGGGAAUACAUUUGGCUCCUUUUGUAUACACAUGACAAUGAAGUUUUCCCUCUGUCAAGCUUCUGUCUGUUCACUGUUUGCUCCAGAGAUGGUCCAGUAUGGCUCAUGUAUCUCUAAGACACCCAUAAACCACUGAAAUUGAUGCAAAUUUUUGUAUGUUUGUGGAGUGUCUCUGUUCCCCCUUCUUCCUUUUUCUGUGCAUAAACCAUUUGCUAGUGAUCAGAAUUUAAUGCAAUCACCUCUACCUUAAUACCUCUAUGUUUAUGUCCCCUAGGUUAUGUCCUUUCGGUCAGCAAACACUAACACUCACUGAGUUCUAGCCUACAGAACAAAUCUAGAUUCUAAAUGAAAAGGAGCUCUUGGAACCUGAAGGAUGGUGCCAUCAAAGUCCAAUUCUGCAACUGAGGGGGUGGGAGCCCAGGACUGUGGCAGAAGUGAAAGAAUGACACCAAGCCUAAGUCUUAUUUCUGAACCCCUUGGCACCAAGCCUUUUCAAUCAUGGCCCAAAGAAGACUAUGACUUCUUUUGAGUGAAUGACUUCCCUUUCCUUGGGGCCUCCUGCUACAUUAUGUGGUAUCACAGGAAGCUGGGAUGCCACCAACUUAUUUAUUGUAGCUUCCAAACAUGUUUCAAGGUCAGCGAAAGUUAGGCAGCAGAUGGAUGAAAAGAUUAGGGAACUCUCAGACACAAAAUGCCCUGGUCAUAAAACAGUACACACCAGAGAAAAAUUGAAGGCAUGUGUUCCCCAAGGAUCCUUUCCACCAGCCGUGUGAAGGGAGAAGAGGUGUCUUCUGAAACAAAAAACACAUCUCCACACUUCUCCAAACCUCGAACACGGUUGGUUCACUUGUUGAGAAAACAGCUUAGCACCUUGUUCUACUCAUUUCCUUAUUCCUUCAGGAAAACAAAAAACAAACAAACAAACAAAAAAAACUUUGCUAUUCCCGUAGACCUACGUGAGAGGGGGGUAGCUUUCUUUCAGUAGACUGACAAGACAUGGCAAGGAGAUGCCUGUCUGCUUCAUCCAAUGAACAUCACACUCCUGAUAAGAGAAAUUCAUCUCCAUUAGAAUCAAAUAAAAUGUGUGUUGUGAAGAUGAGGGAAACUAUCAUGACCACUAAAUCGAGUAAUGAAUAAAAACCAAAAUUGAGCUUUUCAUCUCUGAAAAUUAGAGUUUUGCCAAGAUUAAACAGACCUUUAUUUUACACUUAAUUUUUUUUAAUGAUGAUCCCAAGAUGGUCUCAUUAUGCAAAACAUCCUGGGUGAGAAGUUUUUAAAACAAAUACUUACCACUGUGAGCCACUUUAAUAAGGAACUUGGAGAAAAAUCACAGUUGAUUAGAAUUCAGGUGUUCCGACUUAACAUUUUAGACCAAAACAGCUUCUUCUUUCUUUACAGGGAUGGCUGAGUAAAGUAGGAAAAAAUACAAAUAACUGAUGUGUUAUGGACCGGUCACAGGCAGCUCAGUUACACUCAAGCACAAGACAGGCAUUUAUAAGCUAUUGAAGUAACUCCAGCAAGGCAUUAAUAUGGUGAUGAACCAGCCCUAAGCUGUGAGCAAAGCUACUACUGUCCAAUGAUGAUACAAAACUUGGGUCUUUGGAAGCAGCCACUAGGUGCCACUGCUGUGCUCCAGAGACUUUGCUUUCCUAGCCUCCAAUGUUCAUCAACAUCAGUUGAUGUACAUCAGCAAAAGGACUCUGGCUUCUGGUGUCGCCCUGGUUUCAGUGACUGUUGAACUUCUGGCACCAUCCUUGAGCUCACACAUGCCCACCUGUCUUAAAGACAUAGAAACCUUAAAUUUCUGAACUUAAAAAAAUAUUCCUUCAACACUCAAAUGGCCUGUAACAUUUUGGAGUCAAAGAAACUUUAAAGUGUCUGGAAGUCAAGUUUACAUAUUUGUUAUAAAUAAGACAACAAAUUAAAAGCAACAACAAAAGCAAAACCAAUAGCAAAAUAUUACUCCUUCUGUGGCUAAAUAGUGUACCACUCAGAAAGGGAUAGUUACAGUUUAAACAUUUUUAAAAUGUACUUAUUGAUUUAUAAAAGGGGGGAAAACACUCAAAGUGGAAAAAAUGCACAUUUUUGUGAGUAGCAUCUCUUUACUGCCUAAAAAAAUUUAGAGAAAUUGCCACUUCUACAAGGUGGAAAAAUCUGCUUAAAAUCUGGGAUAUGUAGGGGGAAAUGGUGGCCACAGAGAAUUAAUCAUUUUCUUUGAACUUGAAUUCAUACAAAGGGCAUAAAUCCUACUAAAUUCGAAAUGUUUAAAAAAUGAAAUAUUCAAAGAAUCCAUAAUAUGCUUUGCUUGAACUUGAGAUAUAUAAGAAUAAAAGAAAAAAGGGAAGUAAAAGAACAAAGAAAGAUCAGAGUGAGAAAUAGGAUGAACGAAUGGAAAUGGAUUUUCCUCACGGAUUUGGACAAUCUCAGUCCUUACUUCACCUUUGCCUGGUUGGUCAAAUGGUUUUGUUUACUUUAGCUGAGUGAAAACACUGAAUUAUUUUCCACCAAGAGCACACUUUUCCCUUCCUCUUCAGAGUUGAAAAGAACUAGGGUGAAGAAAUUGGUAAUCUAGGUGGUUUGCCUCAUAGAACUGGCAUUUAUAGAGAACCACACUGAACCAUCAAUGACCAUUACUAUCACCAACACAAACAACAAAAAGACAAUGGCUUAACUACCAUGGCUGCCUAUUCCUCUUCAUAUUCUAAAAUUCUUGAGAGAAUCAGAGGAGAUCAGCAUGUGAGCUUCCUAGAGAUCUUGACCACUCCUUGACUCUUUUGUGACUACCAUUCUCAAAUCAAAACUACAUUCAAAAUGGCUAUGGGAGCUUAUGUCUUUGUUUUUUUUGUUUUGUUUUGUUUUGUUUUGUUUUUAAAUUCUAGCCAAGGAGGUGGGAAAGUCACAAAGGAUGGUGUCCCUUUUGCUUAAGGGCAAGUCUCAGAAGCUGGCUGCAUGUUAUUUCUUCUGACAUCACUUGUCAAAGUUUGAUCUACCCAAAACUUUGUGGCAAAGAAAGCUGGGCACUAGAGCCUAUUUUCUAGGUGACAUUACACCCAUCUAAAAACUAAAGAGAGUAAACACAUAUAAAAGAAUGAGAAGUCUCUUCCACACACUUCAAGAGCAUAAUCUUGUCGAAAUAGGGGGUCUCGAUUUCUUAAUUGAGCAUAUACUUUCCAGUAUUGUGAAAAAUGUCAUCAUCAGCUCUGUGAAAUAAAAAUUUCUACUUCUUGCAAAAAGCAAGAAAAAAUUAUCUGGUCUUUAUGGUCAGAAAGAAACCAUAAUGUUAUUAAAUCUGAGGAUCGUGAAUAGAAGGGACCAAAUCCAUGACUGUCAGAUUAAAGUAAGCUAUAUUUUGGGUGUACAUGGGACUGGCCAGCUGGUUGUCUCACCCUAAGUCAGGAUUUGAGAGAGCAGCUCCUCCUGGCCUGUUCAUGUCCUUUAUACAGGAGAGAUAAGGUGUUCCCAGGGGCAAGAGAGUCAGCCUUUAUAGUUAUACAUUGUUAGAAAAAACACAAUGGAAGGGAAGAAACAGGGUGGGGAGUGUGAGUGUGAAGGGUGUCACAAGUUUAGUGUAGGUUGAAAACAUGUUUGUCAGCUUACAUCAGAUCUAAGAAACAGGAACUUAGUAUUAAUUACAAAUAGAAAUCUUAGCUUGCAAGGACUCAACAUAGAAACUUAUUGUUUAACUGCAAACUAAAACUUUAACCUGCACAGAGCAAACAGGAACUUAUCCUUAUCUGUAUUGAUCUGCAAGGGAUAUUUUUCCUGUUUUGGUCUCACACUGUAUGAUACUAGAUCGCCCUGUGUUUUCUUAAUUCUGCAGAAUGUGUUUUGGCUUUCCUGCUCUUGGGAAUGACUCUAACUUGAAAAAAAAAAAAAAAAAAAAACGAGUCCAAUACAGGGCUCAGUCUACACAGAACAGCAGCAACAGGAUUAGAUCUUCCACUGACUGACUGUUCCAAAGCUCUUCAGAACUGAUAAAAAUGGCCUAAUUUAUUAUAUUUAAUUCAGUAAGUACCUAGGGAAUACAGUGUUUGGGAAGGUGGGUCAGGACAGGUAACUGAGAAUAUAUGAUCAUUUGUAUGCUGACGUUAUCUCUCUGUUAAACUGGGGCUCACCAAGCAUGCUGGCACAGGCCUAUAACCUCUACUACGUGGGAGGCUGAGGCUGAAUGAACACAAUUCAAAAAUAGCCUAGACAGGUUAGUGGGAAUCUGUCACAAAAAUUAAAAGAGGGAGAGGAAGAAAAGAAAGAAGAAGAGGAAGAACAGAGAACAAGAGGAGGAAGAGAAGAAGAAAGGAAGGAGGAGGAGGAAGAGGAGGAGGAGGUAGUUGUUGAAGUUUAAAUGAGGAUGAGCUGGGGGGGGGUGUUUCAGUAGUGGAUCACAUGACUACAGUUGAACCCAAGACCCUAGAUUCAAUUACCAGCACUACAAGAAUUAAAAUGAAAAAAAAAAUAUAUAACUUUUAAAGUUGGCCUGCCUUUCUCUUAACUUUUUUCUUUAAAAAACACAUUAGUCUUAAGAAACUUACUACUGAGAAAAAAUGAAAAACUUUUUGUCUUUAGACUUUAUUGUAUCUUCUUUCUGGGCUAGUUCCAAGUACUGCUUAUUCAAUAAAAGUCUAGGAAGUGAUUUCAGUCCCUGAAAAGUGCAGGUCGCAUUCACUCUGAGCAUAAAAUGUCUCCAAACCCAGCCAAUAGGCCAGAUGGCUAAAGAUGACUAGGUAAUCUGGGCAUGAGUGUCAGAUAACUGGAGUCCAGCACUCAGAAGCUUAGGUAGAAGGGUUGCUUGAGCCAGGAAACUUAAAGCCAACAAGAUGCCAUUUAAUUUUUUAAAUGUAAGCAACAGGGGCUGGAGAGAUGAAUGAGUGGUUAACAGUGGUGAACUGCUUGUCUGCUGCUCUUGCGAAGGAUCCACGUUAAGUUUCCAGCGUCCACACUGGGCAGCUCACAACUCCCUAUACUAACCAGCUCUAGAGGAUCCGAUUUCCCCUUUUGGCCUUUACAGGCACUUGUACUCAGGUACACACCCCCACAAGAGUAUGUUCUUUCUCUGCAAGCUAAACUUGUCCCAAUUGAGGAGGAGGACACUGAGGCCGCUCACAGCAGUGGGAGCUCCGCCUUGUGUUUCAUUCGAUCUGUGAAUCAGUCUAGCCUAUUUCGUAUGCAUUCAUGACAUGGCUAUCUUCUGUAGGGUCCCGAAUGACCAGGAUUUUUCGGUCAGCUCUUCGCAGUGAC